AUGGAUCAAAUCCACAUCCCUGAACUUAAAGGUGCUAACUUUGACCCCCGGGAUCAUGAGUCUGGAGAAUUCUUUAUAGAACAACUACAGAAAUGGGCGAAAGCAAGAUUAGCAGACCAAUCCACGACAUUACAGGAUAUGACACAGGAAAAAGUUGAAACUGUCGAGAAAUUUGCUCAGAGGAUUAAACAAAAUUACAAAGACAUGGGUUUUAGUCAGAAUGAGCCUGUUCAUCUCAGACUCUUGGCCCGCUCAUUUGUCGAUGGUCUACGACCAGAGAUAAACAAAGCCCUUGUGACCUGUCGCCCCGAGUGGAAAUCCUUGACACUAGAUAUGUUAGAGCAGAUUGCAAAGGGUCUAGAGAGUAACACAAAGAAAACCCGUGCUGCUGUGAUAGCCGAAUACAAGGAGGAGAUCCCUACAGAUAAGAGCCCAGAUGACUGUACUGGGCACUUGGAGAAACAUCUCAUAUCUACUAAUGCAGCUGAUCCAGGUGUUAUAUCAGAUACAUAUGAAGAGAUUGCCAUUAUCCCAGAUGUACCCUCAGACCUUUACAGCAAAAAUCUAUCAUCUCAUCCUUUAAAACAUGUCCAAUCUUCUAAUUCAUCACAUACUCUGUAUUUACUUACUGAGAAUGAAACUCACAGAAGAGGUUCUGGAACCCAAAGAGCUCAGAAAAAGCCAUAUUCAUGCUCGGAAUGUGGGAAAUGUUUUAAUUGGAAAUCAGGCCUUCUUCAACAUCAAAGACAUCACACAGGGGAGAAGCUGUAUUCCUGUUCAGAAUGUGGAAAAUGUUUUACUAACAAAUCACAUCUUGAAAACCAUCAGAGAAUUCACACAGGAGAGAAGCCGUUUUCAUGUUCAGAAUGUGGAAAAUGUUUUACGAAAAAAACACAUCUUGAAACCCAUCAGCGAAUUCACACAGGAGAGAAGCCAUUUCCAUGUUCAGAAUGUGGAAAAUGUUUUACUAGAAAAACACAUCUUGAAAACCAUCAGAGAAUUCACACAGGAGAGAAACUGUUUUCAUGUUCAGAAUGUAGGAAUUCUUUUACUGAUAAAUCAAGUCUUGAAAGCCAUCAGAGAAUUCACACAGGAGAGAAGCCGUUUUCGUGUUCAGAAUGUGCUAAAUCCUUUACUAGAAAGUCAGUUCUUCUUCAACAUAAAAGAAGUCACACAGGAGAGAAGCCGUAUUCAUGUUCAGAAUGUGGAAAAUCUUUUACUCGGAAAGCAAGUCUUCAGCGCCACCAGAGACUUCACACAGGAGAGAAACUGUUUUCAUGUUCAGAAUGUAGAAAAUCUUUUACUGAGAAAUCAAUUCUUGAGAGACAUCAGAGAAUUCACACAGGAGAGAAGCCGUUUUCGUGUUCAGAAUGUGCGAAAUCCUUUACCAGAAAGUCAGUUCUUCUUCUACAUAAAAGAAGUCACACAGGAGAGAAGCCAUAUUCCUGUUCAGAAUGUGGAAAAUGUUUUACUCAGAAAGCACAAUUUCAGAGCCACCAGAGAUUUCACACAGGGGACAAGCCGUAUUCAUGUUCAGAAUGUGGAAAAUCUUUUACUGAGAAAUCAAGUCUUGAGAGACAUCGGCAAAUUCACACAGGGGAGCUGUUUUCAUGUUCAGAAUGUGGGAAAUGUUUUAAUCAGAAAUCAUCUCUUAAGAGCCAUCAGAAAAUUCACACAGGGGACAAGCCGCAUUCAUGUUCAGAAUGUAGGAAAUGUUUUAUUGAGAAAUCGAGUCUUCAAAAACAUCAGAGAAUUCACACAGGAGAGAAGCCGUUUUCGUGUUCAGAAUGUGCAAAAUGCUUUAAUAGAAAGUCAGUUCUUCUUCUACAUCAAAGAAGUCACACAGGAGUGAAGCCGUAUUCAUGUUCAGAAUGUGGCAAAUGUUAUACUGAGAAAUCAAGUCUUGAGAGCCAUCAGAGAAGUCACAUAGGAGAGAAGCCGCUUUCGUGUUCAGAAUGUGGCAAAUGUUUUACUUGGAAAUCAUCUCUUGUUCAACAUCAGAGAAUUCACACAGGAGAGAAGCCGUUUUCAUGUUCAGAAUGUGGAAAAUGUUUUACUGAUAAAACACAUCUUGCAAACCAUCAGAGAAGUCACACAGGAGAGAAGCCAUUUUUGUGUUCAGAAUGUGGAAAAUGUUUUACUAGAAAAACACAUCUUCAAUACCAUCAGAGAACUCACACAGGAGAGAAGCCGUUUUCAUGUUCAGAAUGUGGGAAAUGUUUUACUAGAAAAACACUUCUUGAAAACCAUCAGAGAAUUCACACAGGAGAGUACCUAUAUUCAUGUUCAGAAUGUGGCAAAGGUUUUACUCUGAAAUCAUCUCUUGAGAGCCAUCAGAGAAUUCACACAGGAGUGAAGCUGUAUUCAUGUUCUGAAUGUGGCAAAUGUUUUACUUGGAAAUCAUCUCUUGAGAGCCAUCAGAGAAGUCACACUGGGGAGAAACCACAUUCAUGUUCAGAAUGUGGUAAAUCUUUUACUAAGAAAUCAUCUCUUGUUCAACAUCAGAGAAUUCACACAGAGAACAAGCAAUUCUAAAUCCUUCCUGUAAAAUUUUCCAUGAAUUUCCA